GUUGAUGGUGGCGGUGUUGUUCCUGUGUGUCGUGUGUGUGAGGUUUGUCUGAGGAGCUAUGGAGAUCACCAGGCAGAAUUUUAAGGAACGCCUAAAUCUAAUAUAUGAAGCUAUUGAAGAAGCUGAUUUUCUGGCAAUCGAUGGAGAAUUUUCAGGAAUAAGUGAUGGACCUUCAGUGACCACACUAACAAAUGGCUUGGACACACCAGAAGAAAGGUAUCACAAGCUGAAGAAGCAUUCCAUGGACUUCCUGCUUUUUCAGUUUGGACUUUGCACGUUUAAAUAUGAUGCUGCAGAGAACAAGCACAUAAUGAAGACCUUUAACUUCUACAUAUUUCCAAAACCACUUUCUAGAAAUUCACCUGAUGUUAAGUUUGUUUGCCAGAGUUCGAGUAUUGAUUUUCUUGCCAACCAAGGAUUUGAUUUCAAUAAAGUCUUCCGAGAUGGAAUCCCAUACUUAAAUCAGGAAGAAGAACGGCAACUUCGAGAGCAGUUAGAGGAAAAGCAUAAUCAGUCUAAUGGGACAGGAACGCCAUCUUUCAUUUCGCCAAAUUCUACUAAAGGGCCCGUUGUUAUCCCAGAAGAACAUCGCAGUUUUAUUGAGAAUAUUGUGGAGAAGGUUGAAGACUUGUUAAAAGAUGAUAAUGGUAGUAUUGAACUGGAUCCAUGUACUGGGUUCCAGAGAAAGCUUAUUUAUCAGACUUUGAACUGGAAGUUUCCAAAAGGAGCUCAUGUAGAAACUUUGGAGAAUGAAAAGAAAGAGAGGUAUAUUGUAAUCAGUAAGCUGGACGAUGAUGAACGCAGAAGGAGAGAAGAGCAAAAACGAGCCAAAGAACAGGAAGAAAUGAAUGAUGCUGUGGGGUUUUCCAAAGUAAUAUAUGCCAUUUCAAAAUCGGGUAAACUGGUUGUUGGACAUAACAUGCUGCUUGAUGUCAUGCAUACAAUUCAUCAGUUUUUCUGUUCAUUACCCAAUGAGUUGAAUGAAUUUAAAGAAGUUACAACAAGUGUUUUUACAAGGCUUCUUGAUACAAAACUCAUGGCAAGCACGCAUCCUUUUAAGGAACUGAUAAUGAACACACCUCUUGCCGAGCUGGAAAAGCGAUUAAAAGAGGCACCUUUCAGACCUCCCAAAGUUGAAAGUGCAGAGGGUUUUCCAAGCUAUAAUACUGCCUCGGAACAAUUACAUGAAGCUGGUUACGAUGCAUAUAUAACCGGCUUGUGUUUCAUCUCAAUGGCAAAUCAUCUAGGUUCAUUCCUUAGCCCUCCAAAAGUUUUUGUUCCUGCCAAAUCUAAACUGGUUGAACCUUUUAUUAACAAGCUGUUUCUAAUGAGAGUCAUUGACAUUCCAUAUCUGAAUUUGAGUGGGCCAGAUUUGCAGCCAAAGCGGGACCAUGUUCUUCAUGUGCGUUUUCCAAAGGAAUGGAAGACCAGUGACCUAUACCAGCUUUUUAGUGCCUUUGGUAACAUCCAGGUGUCUUGGAUAGAUGAUACUUCAGCAUUUGUAGCAUUGAGCCAACGUGAACAGGUACAAAUUGCUGUAAACACCAGCAGGUAUGCAGAGAGUUACCGAAUCCAGACCUAUGCAGAGUAUGUUGAGAAAAAGCAGGAGGAGAAACAAACCAAGCGGAAGUGGACAGAGGAAAGCUGGCGAGAAGUGGAGAGGAAGAGGCUAAAGACCCAGUAUGCUCCACAACCUUACUUUAACCAGAUGUUUGAUUUCACCAGGACCAGUCCUCUUAUGGAAAAGAGAAGUAUGAGUCCUAUCCAGGAAGAGACAGUAUCUGAUGAAAUGGAAGGGGAUGAAGUUACAAGUAAAGAUGGUGACAGUGAUUAUUCAGCUAAUGCCUGGAUAGACUCUACAAUAUCAGAAACUGAGAAAAUCAAGAAACAGUGGCAGAAAAAGGACGAGCAUGGAAAAACUGGAAGCAGUGCAAAUUCACAGGCCACAUUGUUUGAAGUCCCAGAUACAUGGUGACAUGAAACACACAUUGGAUGAACAAAGUGGUAUCUUCCAGAUAACAGUGACCAGAUGCAACACUUGCAAGCCAUACUGAUCCGAGCUCCAAUCUUCAUGUGGUACAAGACAACUUUAAAAAAAGUCUUUGUGUACAAAGUUUUAACUGUACAAACACAAGCAAACGUCAUAUUAAAUGUUUUAGUCAGUUUAUUUUGUGUUGUUAAGAACGUGUUGGGGUUUGACUAGCAUUUCACAUCUUCUAUCAUUGUCAACCAUUUCAUGGGUUACAUGCAUUUACAGCUAGUCCUGUGCCACUUACGGCUUAGAGCAGCAGCCGAUACUGGAAGUUGCCUUGUGCCAGCAACAUGAAAUGUUUAUUUUGGAUUAUAAAACAAUAUAAUCAUUGUUCAGCACUGUAAUUUUAUAUAAAUAUAUAUAUAUCUGUGUGUGUGUGUGCGUGCAUGUGUAUUACAUCAGUUGUAUUUCCAGUGAAUCCGAUGACUCAUUAUCAAUAAUGUGGCCUGACCUCUACAUUCAGGUUGUGUUUUUUUUCCCCAAGGUAGUAUCAAAACAUUGUCACUGCCUUUACAAUAAGGACAGUGAUUGUGUAUUUGAGCGAUCCCUUCGUUUGUCAUCUGGUGUGGACUGUACUGAGCUUUCAGCCUUGUAUGUCAAAAGAUGCAUUGUGCACCAGCCUUUAUUUGUAUGUAUGAAUGUGUGUAUGUGUGUGUGCAAAAAGAGAAUUGUUUACUUUUUUUGGGCAGUGGUGAGUUUUGUAUCAUAUUUAAAGUUUUUUGUAUCAUGAAGAAAAUUGAAAUUUCAUGAAGGAAAAUUAAAGACA